UUAAACUGAGCGAAACUGCAAUUUCUCCAAAAUAUAUAUUCUCUCCAGACUCCACCCGGAGAUCUUGCCGACCAAAGCCCCGUCGUUUCAAGCCCUUCCCGGUCAGUUUCCAUCACCGAACCUUCAAAGCCCCAUUCCAAAGUCCCUCACGGAUUCAUUCAGUCCUGCUCAUCAUCCAUCAAAGAAAACAAUAAUGUCCAUAAAUUCCCAUUCCCAAUCCCAUCCACCUCUCUUCUCAAAUCUCCAUUUUAUGACAGUUGUAUUAGUAUUACUGCUACUAUUAACUCCACUAACUCCCUCCGCUGCUUCUCCAUCGAUACCACCAUCCUUCAACCUCUCCCAUUAUUUUCUUUUUGCCACCUCUAACGACGUCGUUAACAACCGCCAACACCAUCACCGCUCCGACUCCCAACCCAAUUCUUCCCCCUUCUUAAAGGAUGUGUUGAAGGAAAUUGGAUCGAGGGAGAAGUGGGAUUUGCAAGAAUUUAGCGUUUCAAAGUUGGAUGUGAAGAAAGCAAAGCUCGGGGACUUGCAACGGUACGAGUUUCGGGUUCGAUUUGGUAAAAGCGAAUUUGUGUUCAAGCUGUUGGAUCAAGUUUCCCGGUGGAAGAGAUUUGAACAACUGGAAAACGAAUUGGGUUUUGAAGAUUUGGUUAAUAAAAUUACCUCCAAGGCUGCUGUGCUCGGUACUCUCAAAAUUCAAGGCCCUUUUCACUUGCGUCUCGCCGGAGAUCAUCAGCUCAAACUCUUUUUGCCGCUCAAGAACUCGUUUUCUGGUCUGAAAACAUUCUUGUCGUGA